CUACGAUCUACUUGAGUUAUUAGGAGAAGAUGAAGACUCUCCAUAUUGUCCAUGUCCUCCUACUUUCUCUCUUUAUUGCUUUGCUGUUUGCUUCUACUCCUACAGAAGCUAGACGUUUACCGACUCUGUCACUCGGUUUUGCACAACAAACACCUUGGCAUGAACAUGAAGCAACUCUGGAAGUGACUUUGAGGCCACCAAGACAUCCACGACGCUUACCACCACCGCCACCAUCUCCGGGCUAUUCUCCGGAACCUGGUCCAGGACAUAAUCUAGGAUCUCUUCCAAUACCAGCAGCUAAUUCUGAAUCACUCUUGCUCAAUAAAUUUCCUCUCAAUGCUUCUGCUGCUUCAGCAUGAUUAUUGUAACAUUUCUAUAGCUAUUGUGUGUGAAAGCUUUACUCUCCAUGUGCUUGCUCAAAAUAAAAGACUUGAGUUCCUAAACCCUAAACCUACUAGCUAGAGAUACUAAUAUGAUCUUUGCAUGCUUUAUAAGAAGGAUCAGCUUCCUGUAAAUUAUGUUGUGCUAGCUUCCUUGUAUUUGUGUUUUCAGAGUUAAUGAGUACUACUUAUUAAGUUGAUA